AUGCCUCAAUACAUAUGGCUUGCCACAUUUUGUUUCUUCGUGUUGUCACUGACUGAUUUGUCAAAGGCGGAAGGCCAUUGUAGCGCCCAUGGUCGAUGUGAAGGACGGGAAUCGAUCACUUUCAAAGCUCUUAUAGGUCACACCUUUGUAACAAUACAAACCUUAAACCCAGAGCAAUGUCAUGAAAGGUGCCGAGAGGACAUAAGAUGCCAGAGUUUGAACUUUGUUAUCAGGAAGGGUCUUUGUGAACUGAAUAACAGAAGCAGGGAAACAAAACCCCAACGCUUUGUUUUCGAUGCGGAGAGAUUCUACUUUCGACGCUGGCCAAAAGGUAAACAGAAAUGGAGUCAUAGACGUGAUUCAGUAUCACUUACAGGGUCUGGACACGAACUACAUAGGCAGGCAUUUCACAUAGUUACCUGUUUUGAACGAAGUAUUUGUUAAGUUUGUUUUAAAAGUUGUUGACUAAGGACUUUUCUGGUGAUGACUCCUCCAAAAAGGAGUCACUCCCCACCAAAAAUCAGAGAAAGUCUUGCAAGUUUGUCCGGUCCAAAUGGGUACUUUAGGGUAGAUGGCAUGUAAAAAGCGUCCCGCGCUAGCUAAUUUGUGAGACAUUAGGGGGCUUUGUGUGUGUGUGUGUGUGUUUUUUUUCCUGGUAAUUUUGUUAAAGGCAAAUGUUACUUGCAUUAUGGAGGAGAGUCAAAGACUGAUUGAUUGCUGUAGACAAAGCUCUGCCGGGAUGAUCAGUAUUGCAAAAACAGCAUGAAAUACGUUCUAGUAUGUUCAUUCAAUUAUUUUGCAACCUUAAAACAUGCUCUUCUUCUAGAAAUUGUCCUCUGUCAGGUGGUAUCUUUGUCUAUUCAGCCUUGGACAUGGUAAUGUUUACUUUGUCACUCAGGACACUAAGUGAAUCUUUUUUGUCUAGCAAGCUUUUUAGGUUCUGGAAACUUCCAAAUCACAAAGUGCUGGAAAUUGAUAUCAUACCGUAAACUGUCUUUUAAUCAAUAAGUUCCUGGCCUUGAAAGAGUUUUCGUUCAAUGAGUUAAGUUUUUCUUUUCCUAUCUACAAUCUUACAAAAUUAAAAAAUGUAGCUCUAAACUCUCCAUAGACGGAAGACCGUGCCCAUUUAUGUCACAUAACUAAAAGUUUUUGUCCGUUGAUAAGGAACUGAUUAAUUUAUCACUGACAGUUAUUCUUGGAUCUACUGAGGAAAUACCUGCCGAAUCUUGCAAGGAAAUAAACUUGAACGAAAAUGGAAAGGCCUCGAGUGGUAUCUAUUGGUUAGAUCUUAAAACAUCUGACAAGAUUACUCAGGUCUAUUGUGACAUGCAAAGUGAAGGUGAGACUAAUUAGCCUAAGGUUUUUAAUCAUAUCACAUGUCAAUCACGUGAAGAGAUCACCAAUGUUGCUCAUGCUGCACUAUAAAAAUUGAUGGAAGUGAGAACAACCUUUAGUAAUACGACUGAUUGAGUACGUGAAUACUCUGCAUAUAUCGCACAUUAAUUCGUUUUUUUGUGCUACACGCAAUACAGAUUUAUGUUAACUUUGGCUAUUGACCAAAGUACAAUAUUUUGCCAUUCCUUUUUCUCUUUGUUUGUUUGUUUUUUUUUUUUCCAAUGAUAUCUUUUUAAAUCAGACAUAAUCUAUUUUAACUCUUCUUAGUUGCUAACUUUUGUGUGAACCAUCAAUGCCUCAACGGAGCCAGUUGUGUCAGUAUUGAUAAGCAUUACGAGUGCGCAUGUCUACCGGGGUGGAAUGGAACUUACUGUCAUUCAUUUGCAGGUAAAAUUAUAGAAAAAAAUAAGUAA